CUUAAUAGACACAAUUUCAGGUUGUAACUUAAUUGGGUUUCUUUAUGCUUCCAUAUCCUUGCAAAUCAUUACUACUAUUCUUUAGAUCAAGAAAUAAUCCUGGGAGACGAAGUAAUAAUGGCUGGAAGGCCAGAGAAGAAAGGGGCAUGCGAUCUCUGUUUGAAAGGAAACCGGUUUACUGAGAAGGAGAUUUGCAUCGUUUGCAGUGCAAAGUACUGCUGUCGUUGUGUUCUGAAAGCAAUGGGUUCAAUGCCAGAAGGAAGAAAAUGUGUUUCUUGCAUAGGUCAGAGGAUUGAUGAGGCAAAGCGAAAGAACUUGGGUAAAUGUUCUCGGAUGCUGAAGCAACUAUUGUGCGAAAUUGAAGUUAAACAGAUCAUGAAAUCUGAGAGACUAUGCCAGGCUAAUCAGCUGAACCCUGAGCUUGUUUACUUGAACAGCCAGGCUCUUUCUCAACAGGAGCUUUUCCUUUUGCAGACCUGCUCAAACCCACCAAGAGAACUAGAACAAGGACGCUACUGGUAUGAUAAAAUUUCAGGCUUAUGGGGAAAGGAAGGAAAGAAACCUUGCCAAAUAAUCAGUCCCCAAUUAGUUGUUGGGGGCUUUCUGCAGCAAAAUGCAAGCAAUGGAAACACAAAUGUGUUGAUAAAUAAUCGUGAGAUAACCAAAGUGGAGCUCCUGAUGCUGCAGUUAGCAGGAGUGAAAUGUGAAGGAGCAACUCACCUUUGGGUGAGUGCAGAUGGGUCCUAUCAGGAAGAGGGAUCGAAUAUCAUAAGAGGAAAUAUAUGGCUAAAGACAAGAGUAGCGAAGCUAGUUUGUCUCAUGUUGUCUUUGCCAACUGCUCCUCUUGACCGUGUUAGUGGGAAACAAGUGGGUGUGGAAGCUGAGCAUGGACUUUAUAGUCCUCUACUAGCUGGUAGUGGUUAAUCUGGGACUGAACAUGAUGCCCACUUAACAACAGUAAUUUUCAGUUUCACUUGUAUGUUCUGUCAAUUUGCAUGCCAAGUCAAAGAUUGUUCAUUUAAUUAGAGAAAUAAAUGAAGAAGAGACAAAAUUGAGACAAAAUUAGGGGGAAAAAAGGUAUACUUUACAGAAUUGAUGUAAUUUGUAUUACUUUUAUCGUUAUUGUUGUCAUCUUGAACAAAUUUUAGAAUAUUACCAUUGUAUGUAUAACAAAUUUCAUUAU